AUGGCGACAUCUCAGGGACUCGAGUGUCCAGUCUGUUGUGAAAGUUUUGAUGGCCAAGACGUCAGCCCUCGUAUGCUGAGUUGUGGUCACAGCUUUUGCACAAGCUGCCUGGAGCGGUUACUCGCUACAGAUGACAAAAUUACCUGCCCAAAGUGCAGAGUUGAAGUUAAAGUACCUCAAGCUGGAGUGGUAGGACUGCCAAAGAAUUGGGCAUUGUUAAGCCUCAUUGCACCUGAUCACGAAGGUGUUGAUGGUUUGCCCAUUUGCGAAUUUUGCGAAAAUAAGCAUCCUGCGAACUCUUAUUGCUUGGACUGUGAAGAAGACAUGUGCAAGAUUGCAGCUGGAUUUCACACUCGUAACAAGACCAGUCGUGGCCAUCGUAUUGUCUCCUUGGAACCGUCCGCUGUAUCUGUAAAGUGCUCGAAACAUGACGAGCAAUUCUGUUUAUUUGACGUCAGGCGUAAUUGUAUGAUCUGCAGGAGCUGCUUUACCGGUUUCCGGGGUCGCCAAGUUGUGUCUCUGGCUGAAGCCGGUUCGAAAUGUAAAGAGAAAUUGGAAGGACGUGCCACUAGAGCCAGAUCUAGAGCUCAGGUAAUCAAAGCCGCGGAAGAAGGUGUAAAGGAUGCGAGUCUUGAUGUGAAAGCGUCUUGCGACGAACAGCGUGCUCGAAUUGAAAGUGUAUUCAAAGAGGUACGUCUUUGACUCAAUUGUUUUUUUCGUUGAACCGAUCUUAACCUCGGUUGAUGAGCUUUAAAUGAGGUCUUACUCUUUCCCCGGCAAUGCUAUCACACAACCACUUAGGAUUUGUUCCCUAGAUAGAUUUCUAGAAUAUUAUUAUCGGUUUUAUACUAAUUGUCUUACAGCUUCGUACUGCGAUCGAAACAAGAGAGAAAAUUUUGCUGAAUGAGUUGCAACAAGUACACAAUAGGAAGACGCUUAUCCUGACAGAGCAGCGGAACCGCCUACGCGAAUAUCAAGAAAAUAUAGAGAGUACCGUCAAAGAUGUUUUGUCGACCAUCCAAUCAUUGGACAAUGCCAAUCUCCUUGACACCAGCGCCAAUUUAGAGUCCACGCUCGUUGCCAUGGAAAAGCAAUCCUUCAUGCUUGAGCCAGAGGCACAAUGUGUUCCGGAGUUUAACCUUAAUCGUCGUAGAUUGCAAUACUUGAAGGACGAUGUCAACAGUUUGGGUACAGUCAGCGAUAAGUCUACCUGUGCAGAAACCACCACUGCUUGUGGCUCAGGACUGGAGCGCGCAAAACGAGGAGAGGAGGAAUCUUUCACCAUCAAUGCUUUUGACGCUCAAGGUGUCCAACGUACCGUGGGUGGAGACGCUUUUGCAGUAGAGCUUAAAAGCGGAUCAAGAGAGAUAAUUAGAGUGAAUGUUAGGGACAAAAAAAAUGGUAGUUACGUAGCUACUUACACUAUCCCCUCGGGGGCUAAACGAGUUGAUUACACAUUGAGCGUGCGUUUGCGAGGUGUUCACAUUCAAGGCAGCCCUUUUGCUGUACAUAUAGCAUCAUCACUACGCGGCAAGACUUGCAAAGCGUUGUCGAAUGUAGCUAGUAAACUCACUCAACGUUGA